ACCGGAUAUCCUCGCAGAUGGAUGUGACGUAUUGUGUUAGAGCUAUUAAACAUCUGUUAAAGGAUUUUGUAUAAAAGAGGUAAAAAUGGCAUGUGCGAGAGUGCCUUUAGACGAACUGCAUGUGACUGAGCCCUCUGGACCUAAAGGCAAAGAACGCACCUUACCAGCACUGCAUCCUGACCGUAAGGAGGAGAGAUGUUUCUUAACUUAUAAACCUCCACCUGAGGAUGGCACAUCUGCACUUGUGGAGGAGUUCCUGGAGCUUGGUCAUUUCAUCUCUGAGGACCUGGAGUGGUUGCUGGCAUUACCUCAUGACAAAUUCUGGUGUCAGGUGGUAUUUGAUGAGUCGUUACAGAGGUGUUUGGACUCUUAUUUGAGACACGCACCUCGUAGUCUGGACCCAGCUUGUCUGUCGUCCACUCCAGCUUUAGCCGACAUGCAGAGGAACAUUCACCGCUCUGUGUUCAUGGUCUUCCUCAGGAUGGCUACACACAAAGAGUCUAAGGAAAACUUCAUUACCCCUGCCGUAUUUGCAGAGAUUAUUUACAAUAACUACUUAUUUGACAUUCCCAAAAUCCUGGAUCUGUGUGUACUGUUUGGAAAAGGGAAUACACAACUGCUUCACAAAAUGAUCGAGAACAUAUUCUCACAACAACCCAGUUAUUAUGGAGACCUGAAUGAGACUUUACCUUCCAUUAUCCUGGUGUUUGAUACCAUUUUACAAAAGUGUGGAAUUCAAUCAGAUGAGGCAGGUGCAAGUCAACCCCUCAAACUGAAUGCAAACAAAUGCUUCACUGCCAUUGCCAUGCCAGAGGAGGAGCUUGCAGACCUUGUGUUGUACCUGUGUGACACUUGCACCACUGUCCACUCUUUCUUGGACAUCUUCCCUGAGGCUUGUUCAACUUUUAAACAGCACAAUUUUCUUAACAGAUUAUCAACAUUCUAUGAGAUGGCUGUUCCAGAUCUGGAGAAAGCAGUGAAAAAGAGAAAUUUCAAUAAAAGUUUACAGGAGGACUUGUGGAGACGAGUGUCUCAUUCCAGAAAGAAAAUAGUGGAGAUCGCUCAUCUGUUGCUCCAGCACACAUGUUUACAGCCCAUAUUGGAGGGCUCUGAAAACAUGCAAUCCUUUGUAGAAGACCUUCUACUGACCUUCACAGCUUUCCUUCAAGAGAAAAGAUUCCUUGCAGAUUAUGAUGAACAGUUUCCUAUAGCUGAUGACAUCAGUCUCCUUCAGCAGGCCUUUCCACAUUUAGAUGACACCAGGACGUCCUACCUCUUGCAGGGUGUAGAGUCUGCCUGGGAGAGUGUGGGGAAGAAGAGAAGCUUCCCCUCUGCAAUCUCGUCAGACAAUCACAGUGCAGGGGUCAAGACCAAAUCUGUCAGAGACAAAGGAGCUUCCCAGAAGAUAGAAGCAGGAGCAAUGGGAGUCAGUGAGGAGUUGAUAGGAGCGGAAGCAAUGCCUGACAUUCCUCGUAAGGGAGACAAUGGGGCAGUGUGCACAGUGAGUGCUGGAGAAUUGGAGUCUAUGCUGUCUCAUAUUCGAGAGCUGCUCCCGGAUUUGGGAGAGGGAUUUAUACUGGCAUGUUUGGAGGAGUACGGCUACAACUCUGAACUUGUCAUCAACAACAUCCUGGAAGACAAACUGUCUACAUCACUUGAUAAACUGGACAGGGCGAUGGCCAGGCCUGUGAAGGAGCUUCCUUCAGUUUUAAGCUCCAGAUCAAACGUGUUUGACGACGACGAGUUUGAUGUGUUCAACCGUGACCGACUGGACAUGAAUCGUGUAUGGAAAGGCCGGAGACAGGGGGAAAGUGUGCGUGCCACACUCAAUGACAAACAGCACAUUGAAGAGCAAAGAGCCAGAUAUCAAGCAUAUCAGAUAGUGGUGGACGAGAUUCCCAUCACGACAGACCCCUAUGGGGACCGUGAUAAUGCGGUCGCCAUGGACUAUUACGAUGACGAAUAUGAUGACACAUAUGAUGUCAACCAAAUUGGAGCCAAUGAUCUGGAUGAGGAGGAUGAGUUAUUGAGCCGCAGGCCUUUCACUACCCCACAAGUGCUCAGAACUGGAAAACAGGCUCAGGUGGUAGAGGAAGAGGAAGAAGAGGAAGAAGACAAGGAUGAAGCUGUGAGGAGGGAUCACUUCAUUCAGGACCCAGCUGUUUUGAGAGAGAGAGCAGAGGCCAGAAGAGCUGCCAUGCAGAGCCGGAAGGGCUACAGACCUCCUCCACCAAAUCAUGUGGUAGGUGGUCCAAAGGGGCAGGGCCAGGUGCAGGAGACCGUUUUGGACCGUCGUAGGAAAGAGAUGAACAAGAGCCGAGGAGCCAAUCAUAAUCGCAGGACGAUGGCGGACAGGAAGAGGAACAAGGGCAUGAUCCCUUCCUGAUACACUGCCUUUACAUCAACAGCAACAGAAAAGCACAGAAAUAUAGUGGUCUCUGUGAACUGAAGAACCGGAGUGAAGUAUCAGAGAUUAAAUUGAGCUGCUCAUGCAGAUAAGAUCAGAGGAGCAUCAAAUUGAGACUGUGGUCUCUUAAACAGGCCUUUUAUUUCUUUCAGAUUGAAACAUUGUGAUGAUGAUGAUCUUAUUUUUUGAAGUCUAAAGUGACGUGCCAUUUUUGAGUUUGUAAAGUGCUUUGUAAAAUGGACGGGAAGGUGUGUCUAUAAGGGAACAAUGAUACUAAUAUAUAUAUCUAUAUAUAUAAAAGAAUGUUCUUUUUUUCUGUCAGUCGACAUAUGACAAGAAACCAAAGUGCUAAAAGGCAAAGGUCUUUUACCUUGUAACAUAUAAGUUUAUUGAACAGAGGAGAGGUACAAGCAGUUAUUGCACUGUUAAGUAUAAUUCAAUAAAUAAAGUAACAUCAAGUCUGAGAUGUAGACAUCUGUAGCAUCUAAAAAGAAAGUUAAGUAUUAGCUUUACAAAUGAUGUGGUACAUAACACUAUUGAAGCAAAGAAUUGAGCAACACAUUGCUCAUAAGACCUAUAUCUGAGCCAGUUUUGUCAUUUUAUUCCUUAAAGGUUCAGAAAGCAAUUAAGAAGUAUGUGCCGAUUUUCAAAAACAUCCCAAUCUGAGGUUGACAAUGAAUUAGUUAUGACGUGCCCUAGGCUUUAAGCGUUUGCCACACUGGAAGAGUGGUGGAAGAGUGCUUUUUUCUCAUUUAGAUUUUAAACUUCAGGCGAAGUUCUCUUGCCAUGUAAAGCAACAUAUUUCUACUCACGCAGAUGAACAGAAAUGACUUUCUUACAGGAAGCAUAUUUAUAAAUGCUUUUGGAAUAAAUACAAAUUUGAAUCAUAAAACAAAUACUGUUCUUCCUCUGAGUGCAAGGGUUUAUUGAGAUUUUGACUUGAUGGUUUUCCACCUGUUUGGCAGAUGUACUCCUGAGAUAAAAUGAGACUCAUGUGUCGUGAUAGCUGGGAGGGGGGAAAUUCCUCAGAUUUGGCAUAAACCCAGAUUAUGGUUCCAAAUGGAUGGAUUUUAUUUAACUAGAAGGGCAUUUAUACUGACAGCGAUUAAAGGGUAGUUCACAAAAAAAAAAAACAUUUACUCACCCUCAUUUCGCUUCAAACCUGUAUGGACUUCUUUCUUCUGUGGAACCCAAAAGAAGAUAUUUUGGAAGAAAAAAAAAUGUUUUUGCAAUGAAAAGACAGGGCAAUGCAAUGAAAUGCUCCAGUGUUGUUUUAGACCCUAUUGACUUUCAUUGAAUAGACAAAAACAGCUUCAAAAUAUCU